AUGCUCAGAUCAAUGACUAAGACAAACGCACAGUUAACCACCGGAUUUCUCAAAUCUCAAUAUCGCACUAACGUAGGGCAACUCAUAGGAGGGGAACUCUCAUCAGUUUUCAUACCACCUUGCACAAGGUGUCUCCGGCAAGUGUCAGCCUAUAUAGUGAAAACACGACGCCCAGUUUCCUCUUUCCUGGCACUCCUGGUAUACAGCAGUACAGAAGUAGACUUUUCCCACGACAUAAAGGCAAUUUUAGAUGCAACCGUUCUUACGCACACCUCUUGGAACGGAUUGGGAAUUUUAAACAUGAUUUUUACCUUCUGUAACUUCAAUAACGUCAGUUGGGUGGAAAUCUAUAACUAUACACUUUUCGAUAAAACCAUCACUACCUGGAAAAAGAUAAUUGAUUUCCUGGCAGAGUAUCAAAAGAAGGGAAAUCCUGACCAGACUGUACCCUGGGCUAGGGUCAUCGAUGACGCUUAUUUCACCAAGUUCGGACCCCAAGAUCACCCACUGUUCGCCUCUCUAGUACUGGUCAGCUUGGAGAGAAUCCAGAAUGAGGCAGUGGGGAUAGAAAACUCUGUUUGGGCUCAGAGACAUAUAAGAGUAGUAGAGCUGUGCCGUAAUGCCUCUACAAAGCUAGCAGACCUCUUGAGCUGCACAGCAACAACAAUAACUGCAGGAUCCAGAGAAGCCACUACGAUAGCCGAGAUAUUUAAUGUUAGCGAUGUGCCGAGUAGGGCUUGA